AGUGAAACCGUGGAGCUGUUGAACGAUCACUGUCUGGCUAACGGUAUCCAACAUGCAGGUUUCUCCUCACGGUUUGUACUGAUGUAGGCUGUUAACAUGUUACUUGCCCUGUGCAGGCACACACUGCAUCUCCCUCACACACACACACACACAGAAAGAGAGGGAGAGACAGAGCAGGAGGAGGAGGCGGAAACCUCCAUCUGCCCUGCUCGGUGACCGACCCGUCAUCCUCGGGCUCGGGGAACAGACGGAUCGUCUCCUCGCUCUUGUCAUUCCAUAAUUUUAACUUUCACAUCCCUGGAUGAGGAAACCACGGGUGGCUGAUGAGAUCAAAGGAAAAAUGAGAGGGAAUUUGACAUGGAGCGGAUCUUCAGUCUAUAUAUAGGCUAUGCCCCGGACUGCACCACCACCACCACCACCUGCCCCCACUGGUGCCGCGUGGGUCGAGUGUGUUGCAGUCUCACUGUGAUGCAGCCAAACGGCACACGCACCCUGCAAACACACACACAAAGACACACACAGGCGAUGACGCACAAGCCGCAGGUUCGAGCCCCUUCCCAGCAGCCACCUCUCUGUUCAGUCCUGAUGUCAGCACCAAGAUGGCGUCUGACCUCCUCAUCAGGCUGUCAGACACUAUAUGACCAAAAGUAUGUGGACCCCUCUUUCUACUGCUGUGGUGUGGGAAAUGAGCACGAUGCAAUCCAGACAUCCAUGCUGAAAGCAGGUCUCUGCAGCAGAGCGCAAAGAGGCCACCCAGAAGGCCCAGAUGCAUCCUGGGAGCCGAGAAGAAGCGGAGCAGCAGGACGAGCCGGGCCUCGCUCUCUCGCCUGACGGCCCCGGGGCGAGUCCUGAGCCACCGUCGCUCACGCACACGCCUGACGGCAACGGCGCCACGGACACGCUAGCUUCAGAUCUGCUCAGGAAGCUAGCAGAGCGUCAGGAAGUGAACGGCCAUGUGGUGCGGCUCAAAGAAGAAGAAGAGCCAAUGGACGUUGACACAAUAGCUCAGAAUCAAGCAGUCACAGAAGAAAUUACUCCAUCUCCCCCCAAAAUGGUGAACCAUCACAUCUUCAGUGUUAAAACCGAAGACCGGGGACUCACUGGGAACAAGGCAACUGAGGAGAUGCACCCCAGAGCCAAAAUGGUGGACCAGUGUCUCUUUGGUCUUAAAGUAGAAGACAAAUUUUGUGCUGAAGGAUGCCCGCCUGGAUCCACAGUGGCAGACAGUGCAGUCUCUGGAGCCAAACAGUUUCACUUCCAAGUAAACAUGGAGGAUGUCUCUGGAGCCGAGGUGUCAGACCACCUCCUAACUGGAGUCAAGAUGGAAAACCAGCUUUUCUUUAAAGCAAAGUUUGCAGAGCGUCCUUUCUCUGGAGUCAAGAUGACCAACAAGUUCCUAUCUGGAGUCAAAAUGGAGGACCAGUUCCCUUCUGAGUCCAAGCUGGAGACCCAGGUUUUCUCCGGGGUGAAGACAGAGGAGCAGCUAUUCUUUGGAGCCAAGAUGGAAGACCAGUUUACCUCUGGAGCCAAGAUGGCUGACCAGUGCCUGAGAGCAGUGCUGUGGCAGGACAUGUCAGUGAACCUGGCAUCCACGCUGCUGCACCAACUGUCAGAGAGGGUCGGUAAGGCCAACAGUCAGCCGGUGGACAGGAUGACUCCACCCAUCAGAAGCAGUCCCGUUUUAAAGGGGAACGAGGACCAACGCCACCCCUCCCCCUCAGUUAUGAGCUCCCAGCAACCUCCACACGAAACCCAAACCAGCCUCAGCAGACAUCAAACCACAGGUUGCUCUUACUUUUUCAGGUGUCACGUGUGCGGCUUUGAAACGGAGGGACAGGCUCUUUUCCAGAGUCACAUGACAGAACACCGCCAGUGGGAGCACGGCUCCUUCUCGCUGCACUGCUGCGUGUGCGACCACUCGACCAAUCAGGAGGCAGAGAUGAGGGCUCACGUCGACACGCACGUUCAGGGCGAAACGGUAGAGAUGAGAUGCCCCGUUACCCUUCCUGCUACCGCUUCCACCUCCAACAGUGGUGCUCCAGCAGUUGCCACGGCAACCCAGCUGGAGACGAGCACCUCUGAGCAUCGCUGCCGCAUCUGCCAGAGGUCGUUUCCAGGGCAACAGGAGCUGCUGGUUCACUUCCAGGGUCAUCGCCAGGGCAACCAGUACCGCUGCGACCGGUGCGGCCACCUGACCCGGACAGCCAACAAGCUGGUGGAGCACGUGCGCGUGCACACAGGGGAGCGGCCAUUCACCUGUGACCUCUGCCCUUACAGCGCCAAGCGGCGGGACAGUCUGCGCCUGCACUGCAAGGUCAAACAUGCUGCGCACUUUUUCAACGGGGGCGCGGCAGAUACGCCUGCCGACGUGCACACGCACCGGUCGUACGUGCAUGCAGACAAUCAGCGCUCGAACAAGCACGUCCAGCGGCUGCACACACCGCCAAGCGCGCGCAUCACCACACCCUCCUCCUCUCUUCCUCCGCCUCCUCCUCUUCUUCUUCUUCACCCAUCGCUGUCUGACCGUGCCGGAUGGAGGGAUUUGUCUCCUCUCCUCCCCAUCACAACUCUCAUCUCUCUGAAACAGCGCUCUCCUUCAGCCUCAUCCUCCUCCUCCACUUCAUCUUUCCCCACCAAACACUCUUUUCUUGGUUACCUCGGUCUGACAACUUCUUUGUAAAUCAUCUCUUCUUUUUGUCCUCUCUUCCUCUUCUUCUCUCCUUAUUUCAUCUCCUCCUCUUCUCUUCUAUCCAUCCUCUGGACUCUUAAAGCGAUGGAUGUAAAGCUCUGUAAUGUAUCCAAGGUACUGUCACUCAGCACUAUGUAUGAGAAUGUCAAACAGCACUGAAAACACACACCGAUAAGGAACGUUUUUGAAUUUAUUCAAUUUUUGCAUCAUGCUCGUGAGUUUUGCUGCACUCCUGCCUGCUUUAGCCCGUCAUAUAAUCACUGAACUCUUAGCUAUUUAACCGUGUGACAUAUUUAUUGCCUGUCUCUCUCGUCCUCCAGAAACCUUGAACUUAAAAAGUCCCACUUUAACAUAAAUUGUUUUAAUCAGAAACAUGAGAUGCUCUGAUGUAGAGGUCACUUAUUGAGAUAAUAAGAUACUGUCGGGGGUGAGAUAGUUUUAUUUUUUAAAAUCAAUGUAUUUUUAAGGUCAAGAGUGGCAGUGGAGAACUUAAAACAUAAUUAAAGUAAGAAAUGAGUAGAGUCAGCAGCAUUUCUAACAGCUAUUUGAAGCUGUAGCUAUAUUAAGCUGUUUUUUAAGCUGAAUUUAGCAUGCUAACAGUUCCACAGUGUAAUGCUAAUAUGGCUCUUUUCAGCUUAUAUUAUGCUAACCAUGUUCUGUGUUCUAAUAUUGUUAUGUGAACAUGCAAACCUUUGCUAAUUAGCAAUACUGAGAAUAAACUGCUGGUGCUGCUGAUGAGACUAUCAUUAGUUAAGUAUGCUAAGAUACUAAGUUUUGGUAAUUAACAGCUGAGGCUAAUGGGAUUUUAUUGUGCUAACAUUUGCUAAUUGCUGUUAAGGUUUCUAACUUUUUUUUUUUUUACUUAGUAUAAAUGUCUAGUUUGGCAUCUUAACAUGCUAACACAGGCUAAUUAAUACUAAAAAUAUGCAGUUCGGCUAAGGCUAAUAUAAAGCUUAGUGUUACUGUGCUAAUAUUUGCUAAUUAGCACAAAAAUACAUCACUACUUAAGCUAAUAGGAAUGCUAACAUGCUGUUUAGCAGUUAACACAAUAUACAGCUGAGACUGAUGGGAAUAUCUUUAGUUUAGCAUGUUAGCAUGCUAAUAGCUAAAGAUUAACACUAAACUUGAAUACUAUGCGAUACAUUUAGCAUGUAUAACGCUGACCAUAUAGUUUAUCAUUUGCUAACCUUAUGCUACUUUGCACAAAUAAAUCACUAUUCAGGCUGGUGGGGAUAUAAUCAGUUUACCAUGCUAACAUCCUAAUUACCACUAAUGGUGUGUUCCAGUUUAAGUCCAGUGUUGGCAACUUAUUUACUUUGUUGCUAGAUUUAGCGACUUUUCAGACCCCCCCAGCGACUUUUUUUCCAAAAACCGACUGUCGACAAAUUUAGCAACUUUUUCUGGUGAUGCCGUGUUUUGUGUAUAUGCAGCCUUCGUAAUGUGUCCCUUCCAGGGUUAUAAUAGGUUUGGAUUUUACUUUUUUCUUUAAUUCAGUUAGUU